CUUAAAUACUCAUGUGAAAAGUGGUAAAAUCAUUAGUUAUGCUGACGACACAACCAUUGUGGUAGCAAGAGACUCCCUCUUGGAUUUAAAGCUAACAGCUCAAACUGCAAAUGAACAAUUUAAAAACUGGUGUAACUCGAAUCAAUUAGUUCUAAAUACUAACAAAACUGUUUGUAUGUAUUUUGGUAAAUCCAAGCAGGAAAUUAUGUCUUCCACUCCUAACGUUAGCCUGUAUACCAAGUUUUUAGGUACCCUUAUUGACGACGAUCUAUCAUGGACUCAUCACAUUGCUCAUGUCUGCAAAAAACUGAGUCAAGCAUAUUAUAUAUUACUUAAGCUAAAAUCAUGUGUUGAUAAAGACGCUUUACGGACUGUGUACUAUGCCCUUGCAUAUCCGCACCUAUCAUACAAUGUCAUGGUGUGGGGUGCCGCGGUGGAGAGAAAUAGAGUUUUUAUGUUACAAAAAAGGCUGAUACGACUAAUUUAUGAUGUAAAGCCUAAAACAUCACAUAAAGAUACCUUCAUCAAGAAUCGUAUUCUGACAUUCCCGAGUAUUUACAUUUACAAAUUAUGUAUGUUUGUAAAUGCAAAUAGACACGAGAACUAUUUUCUUCCACUAGGUGACAAUCACACUUACUCCACCCGAAACUCUCAAGUAUUGACCGUCCCAGUCCAUUUUACAGCCAAAUAUGAAAGAAGUCCAUUAUACAAUUGUGUAAAGGCAUUUAAUGCACUUCCUUCAGAUAUUAGAAAAAUUAAAAAUAAAAAUAAAUUUAAAGCUGCACUUAAAAACUACCUAAUGGACCAAUGUUUUUACAAGGCAACUGACAUGUACAUGUGAUAGAAUAUGUGAUAUAAUAUUUAUAUUUUGUUCUUUUGUAAUUUUUAUGUAUAUGUGUGUUUUUUACCAAACUUUCA